UGAAGCGUUUUGAACUGAAAAAGGAAUCUGAUAGCUAACAAACCUACGCCUUCCUGCGACAAAAUGCUGCGGAAGGGCAAGGAAGAAUCGUCCGAUUUGUUACGACAAUUUGAGCCAGCGAAAGAGGCGGAUCUUGCGAUCCAUGUGAAGAAGGUUGAGGAAAUCAAACACUGGCUCGAAGCGGCACUACAAGACAGUGAAUACGAGCCGGAAGGAAUCGCGAAACAGAUUUUGUUGGUGACCGGUCCUUCCGGUAGUGGCAAGAGCGUGUGUGUGAAAACCAUCGCCAAACAACUGAAGUGCGAUGUUAAGGAAUGGACCACUCCCGUGGAUUUGGAACUGUAUUACGAGGAUAACUUCGACUUCGAAAGUAGAGAGGACAGAAGAAGCAGACAAUCCCAGAAGCAACUGUUUAAUGAUUUCCUACACAAAAGCUCUCGAUACUGCUCGCUAUUCAGCUCGUCCGGAACGGAGAGGAAGGUGCUGUUGGUGAAAGAUUUUCCAAACUCAUUUCUGCGCAGUCCGGAGGAAUUUCACGAGUCUCUAGAAAUAUACCAGAAUCAGAGCAGUACACCGAUUAUCUUCAUCGCGACGGAUGCCUCGAGUAAAUCAUUGGACAUUGCGAUGAAACUUUUCCCUCCGACAAUCAUGGAGAACUUCCACGUCGAUACAAUUAAAUUCAACACCGUGUCUGUGACUCUCAUGAAGAAGGCCAUUAAACGCAUUUCAACUUUGAUAGGCGGUAGUGCCGAACUCCGGAAAACCUUCCAAGUACCUCCAAAAGCGGUAGAAGAAGACAUCGUGGCUUCCUCUCAGGGUGAUCUGCGGAAUUGCUGUUUAAAUUACCUUUUUACUUGUUUGAAAUCGAUACCCUCUUCGCUGGCUCAUCAAUCGGCUGGGAGCAAAACGAAAAAACCAACCGAUAAAGGAUCUACUAAUCGCCACAAAGGGGCACUGGGAUUAAGUGAGGGCCUUACUGUUAUGCAUGGGCUAGGUCGUAUUCUGCAUCCAAAGUAUGUAAAUAAUGAUAUCGGUACGCGAUUCUUGCAUGCUCCCGAAGACAUCACCGACAGCUUUAUUUCUCAGCCGGCAGCCAUAAUAUCAUUGCUUCAUUCUAAUUAUGUUUCGAGAUGCUCCGAUGUCCAUUGUCUUUCCUCUGCAUCUGACUGCCUGGCCGUGGCGGAUGUGAUUAUGAAUGAGUAUCGGACCGAUCAGUUGGCUUCAUAUGGGUUAAACCUAGCUAUUCGUGGUAUCAUGGUGAACAAUCAACAAACUACACAUGGUUGGCACCAGAUCAAAAAGAAGGUCUCAAUUCAGUUGCAAAACAGCGCUCAGCUGUACACGGACGAGCUAACCAAACUUGGAAUCAUCAAUCGACCUAUUCCACAAAAAAUGUUUGCGUCCGAGUAUAGGGGGUUGAUAUCAAUCAUCCGAAGGUAGUAACUAACACACAAUUAUGUAUAGAAGGAAUUGUUAAAGGUAUGUUAUAACUUUAUGCGAUAAAUGCGAAAAAUCUUAUGCCGUUCAUUCGA